UAAUAAAGAACCUCAUAAUAUAGAAUAAAAAACUAAGAAGAAAAUCAUCCUCCAAAGCUAGACCUAACUUAUGAAUAGAAAUAACAAGAAAAGAAAAUAUGAUUCAAGUAUGUUGCAUGAAGGCAAUGCAAAGAGAAAAGCAAAUGGAGGAAGUUUCCACAAAAUUUAAAUCUCAAGUCAAGAACAAGAAGACAUCAACAAAUUAAGCCAACCCAAACACCAAACACCAAACAGAAUCAGAUUCCUUUAGUUUGCACAAAUAUACAUAAAAUCCAAACAAAAAACCUCAACUUUUUCAACACAACAAAACCAUUCCACCAAUAACUCCCUUUUCCCCUCUCAAUUCCACAACUUUCAUGUCUGAGAAAAAGAAAUUCUGUAUGGUGAUGAAGAUCAAUGUUGAUUGCAAUGCGUGUUGUAGGAAGCUUAGGAGGAUCAUCCUGGGCAUGAAAGCAAUCGAGAUGCAUGUGAUAGAGAAGGAGCGUUACAGAGUGAUCGUGUUCGGGAGAUUCACGCCGGCCGACGUCGCCAUAAAGAUCAGAAAGAAAAUGAACCGCCGUGUCGAAAUCCUCGACGUCGAAGAGAUGGAACCCGAUCCCCCCGCCGCCGACCAAGACCAGCCGGAGCAGAACCAGAUUCAACCGCCGCCCGCCUUCCCCGGCGGCGGCUUCUCAAUGUUUCCCUCGCUGGAGCACGACAAUCGGAGGCCCAUCUUCCCCUCUCUCUCCGCCAACGAAUGCCGCUCCUUCUCGUCUUCUCGCCCCGACUUCACCGUGACUUGCUUCCCGGAGCCGGACAAGUUCUGGCAUUAUUAUGGCCUUCAACUCGCCGGAGACACAGACUCUGCCUAUUAUGCUCACAAUCCCAAUUACUACUAGUUCAGAUCCUUUUAAACAUAUUCAUUUAUUAAUUCAUUUUUAUACUUCCGUAAACGUGAUUAGCACAUGUUCCUUGCUUUCAGAGGUUCAAAACUCCCAUUCCCAUUCGUUGUACUAGAAAAAAUGGAUAAAUUUCGAAUAAGUGCAGGGUCCAGUACCAUAUAGACAAACUGCACUACUAGGAAUUAUGCAGAACUAAAA